GUCGUCUCGCGCUGGUUCAUGGGAUUCUAUCACUUUCUGCGUCGUCAAACUAGACAUCCGAUUGGGUUAAUAAUAACUAAAUUCGAAAUUCCAAUUAUAGAUGAUACAGAUGAGAAGGUCACGAACGCAUCAUGACACCCUGGUACAAGAAUAUCGUUCAUUCAAGCACACAAGGAGGCCGGUGAAUGAUUCAUUGCGUGCCAGCUUGAGAGAGCGAAAGGGUUGUACGGCACAAGCGAUGGCGGACAAGGUGAACAAGCUGCCGUACUUCUACGGCAACAUAACCCGCGAGGAUGCAGAGGACUACCUGAAGCAGGGCGGCAUGGGCGAUGGCCUCUACCUGCUGCGCCAGAGCCGUAACUACCUGGGCGGCUUCGCCUUGUCGGUGGCCUAUGGCCGGCAGGUGUACCACUACACCAUCGAGAGGGAGUUGAAUGACACGUAUGCCAUCGCCGGCGGGAAGUCGCACCGUAACCCGGUGGAUGUGAUCGACUACCAUGCGCAGGAAGCCGACGGCCUCAUCUGCGUGCUCAAGAAGCCCAUGAACCGGCCCAAGGGCAUGGAGCCCAAGGUGGGAGCCUUCGAGGACCUCAAGGAGCAGCUGAUCCGGCAAUACGUCAAACAGACGUGGAACCUGCAGGGCCAUGCUUUAGAGCAGGCCAUCAUCAGCCAGCGGCCUCAGCUGGAGAAGCUCAUCGCCACCACAGCCCAUGAAAAGAUGCCCUGGUUCCAUGGCACCAUCACACGCGAUGACUCGGAGCCGCGCCUGCUAAAAAGCCCGCGCACCAACGGCAAGUUCUUAAUCAGACAGAGGGAUAGCAACGGCUCCUAUGCCCUCUGUCUCCUCCAUGAUGGGCAGGUCAUGCAUUACCGCAUCGACAAAGACAAAGCUGGCAAGCUCUCCAUACCUGAUGGCAAGAAGUUUGACACACUGUGGCAGCUGGUGGAGCACUACUCUUACAAGCCAGAUGGGCUCCUGCGAAUUCUCACUGAGCCCUGCUCACGGCCCGAGGGAGCGUCCAACGAUAUAGGCCGGCCAGCUCUACCAAACAACCAUCCUGGGCAAGGAGCCACAGGUGGAUUACUCACAAGAAUCAAAUCCUACUCCUUCCCCAUACCUGGCUCCAAAAAGAAAAAACCCACUCGUAAAACACCAAACGACAAUCCUUAUGAAACGAGAGGGUCCCAAUACUACCGACCACAUUCUCACGCCUUACUUGAGGUGAUGAUAAGAAGAAAAAGCAUUAUCACAAAAAUGUAUGCCAUGCCCAUGGACACUGAGGUGUACGAGAGUCCGUAUGCGGACCCUGACGAGCUACGGCAGACCCACGUGGACCGCAGUCAGCUGUUCCUGGAGGAUGGAGAGCUGGGCUCCGGGAACUUCGGCACCGUCCUCAAGGGAAUCUACACCAUGAGGAAGACCAAGAAGCCGGUGGCGGUGAAGAUCCUGAAGAACGACGACAACAACGCGGCGGUGCGCGAUGAGAUGCUGAGAGAGGCCAACGUCAUGCAGCAGCUGGACAACCCCUACAUCGUGCGUAUGAUCGGCAUCUGCGAGGCCGAGAACCUCAUGCUGGUCAUGGAGCUGGCCGAGCUGGGCCCGUUGCACAAGUACCUGCAGAGGCACAAAAUGAGUGUCUCCAGUAAGAACAUCACUGAGUUGGUACACCAGGUGUCCAUGGGGAUGAAGUACCUUGAGGAGCACAAUUUUGUCCACAGGGACCUGGCUGCCCGGAACGUGUUGCUGGUCACCCAGCACUAUGCCAAAAUCAGCGACUUUGGCCUCUCCAAAGCCCUGACGGAGGAGGAGAACUAUUACAAGGCCAAAGCUCAUGGGAAGUGGCCAGUGAAGUGGUACGCCCCUGAGUGCAUGAACUACUUCAAGUUCUCCUGUAAGAGUGACGUCUGGAGCUUUGGGGUUCUCAUGUGGGAGGCCUACUCAUACGGCCAGAAACCCUACAAGGGCAUGAAAGGAAAUGAGGUCAUCCAGAUGAUUGAGAGUGGACAGAGGAUGGAGGCGCCGGCCAACUGCCCCCCAGAGAUUUAUGAGCUGAUGAAAAAGUGUUGGACAUACAAGGCGGAUGAGAGGCCGGGCUUUUCAGUCGUCGAGCCAAGGCUGAGAGAUUAUUACUAUGACAUUGCUGCACAGUGAUCCCCGGGCAGGAAGACUUAACUGUACCAUAUAAAGAGCAAUCCGACAUUUGUACAAGACUGAAGGAUUUACUUUUUUUUCCAAAAUGACAGCUGUUGCCAGGAAAUAAGAAACUCCUUGUAGUUAAUCAAGUUGAAAAGACUGUUAAGAUGAUAAAGGCAAUACAUUUGAUGUAUUUUUAGUUAUGACAGAUUUGUUCCUUAAAUAUUAAUUAUUGUCAUAUGAUAUCAAUAAAGCAUGAUUUUCUUUUUUCCAUGCUACCUUUUAGUAGUUUUUCAUAAUUCAUAGAUGCUUGAGUCUCUCGCUUGUAGUGAAACAAUUUACAAUUCGGUAUGCAAUGUUUUAUACAUGCACAGUAAGAUUAUGUUUUUGCUUUCAGAACUGCAGUACAUAUAUGCAAAUCUAAGUCUGUAUGGGUUCUCUUCCUGACAUUAGAUAUGCUAUGCAAAUAUGGGGUACUUUGCUCAUUUUACUUUUCUCUGCAUUUGUUUUAGCAUUUCACAAAUAUAUUGCAAUAAAGUCCAGUUUAUUUUAUGUGCCACUUUCAAUGAAUACAUUUUGCACUGAGGAAAGAUAUGCAAACUUAAAAUACCAAGCUAGUACAACUAUACUCAUGCAGAUGAAGUAUUGAUGAUAAUGUGUGUGUUUCUGUGUGUACAUUUGAACUUUUGUAUAAUUUUGUAUUUGUAGCAAAUGCAGUCGAACACUAGCCGGACAACUAUGUUUAACUGCAGUACCAACUUUAAUGCUAAAAUAUUCUAUUAACAGAAACAAGUAGAAUUUGUACCCUAGUUGGAAUUUGUACCCUAGUUUGCUGUUGAUGCUACGAAAGGCAUGGACUAUCUUCAUCUCCAUACCUCCAUACUAGGGUUACACUAGCAAUUCAUCUUAUGAGUGUUAUUUAAAUGGUAUUUUGUUUGGUAUCUUGUUUGACAAGGUUCUGGAUGCUGAGUGUUAAAGUAGAAAUAUUUAAGCUGUACGUCUUAAAAUCACAUAAUUGGAUGGAACCAUACAUUU